GGAUCAAGUCCCCUAACUCUGCAGGGGGCCCUAGCUGUGCAUCCAACUCCUGGAGGCAGCCCAGAGGGCCCCUCUUUAAAGCAAGAAGGUCUCCAACUACUGCAGCCCGAGCAGAAUCCCACUCAUCAUGACCGCCAUCCGGCUACGACAAUUUGUUGACCGCCACCCAGUGAUCCCACCCAGCCCAUUCAUUGCUCAUCAAGGCAAGGACCUCCUCGGCUACCUCCCUGGGCAGCUGGCACGAAUCCAUGUUGAUUCCAGUGUAAAGAGCUCUCCCAGAUCUCUCAUAGACUUGGCCAUGCCACCCGAGGAGAAACGUCAGUGUCAGCCUCAGCUAGACCAACAAACUCUCAUCCGAUAUAUUUGUUUUCAAAGACACUCCAAGCCUGCCGAAGCAUGGUACAAAGAAACCACGUACCAAAAACACUAUUCGCUGCCAUUUUACGUGCUUGAUUGGGACCAGAAAUUAGGCACAAUUUCCUCGAAUCCUCGACCAAUCAAUUCACUACCGGAGUUCUGCUGUUGUGAAGAGAGGUGGCGCUGAAAUAAAAGCUUUAAACCAAAAUAGCUAUGGUGCUUGAAAACAUUUGGCGUUCUUAGGUGACUCUUUUAGACUAAAACCAUGAUAACAGAC